AUAUAAAUGUAUAUGAAGACCAAUGCAGUUACGACCAAGAUAAAAAUCCUGGUUUUAGAUAAUUUUUGAUGAUGUUAUCAGACGGCGUGAGUGCUCGAGAAAAGAAUUCAGAUAAAGUGUGAAAGCAACGCUACAUGGAAUUGCAAAUGCACGAAAUCAUCCGUCCUUGCUAUCGACGUCUUAUUAUGUCUAAUAUGUGCAAACAGGCGAUCGAUAGGAACAAAAACAAGCACAAAAUCUUUGAUGUUACGUUAGCUCCUCACGAACAUUUUUUCAUAACUUGACGUAUGUUGUGAGUAUUUGUCGACUCUCGAGCCAGCUCCCGGAUCAACGGAGUGAGACGCUCUCUAUAGUACAGGCCAUUCAGAACAUAAGUUUUUUUAGGAGGUCACACAGCUUCGUAGUGCCUUCCAUAUCGAUUGCAACAGCCACUGUAUUCCGCAGAACCUGCAUAUCUCACCAUUGGGAAUUGACGGCCUAGCAACUAUUGACUAUUAGACUCUGGUUCGACAUUCACAGACUACCUUAAAAAAUUAGCUCAGUUUGACGGCAACAACGUCAUCUUGCCGACCGCAUGCGCAGUAGAAUAAGGCGCCUUCUAUUCCAUUGUUUGCGUGUAGCACGACUGGAAGCAGCUCACCGAUUCUUUGUGACCAUACACGUAACGUAAUCGAUUUUAAGAAUCAAACGCACGAGCUGGCCGUCAUGGCGCUCAAUGAAAACUCCAUACCCAACACCGUCGAUACCACUAAUCAGCUCCAUCGUAUUCCACCUCAACGCGAAUUCAUAUUCGAAUGUCCAUGGAAUCACUGCUCGAGAAGCGGUGAUUGUGCUUAAAUGGAUGUAGGUUACACGCAUAAAAAUGUCGAGAUGGAAUGAUAUAAUGACUCGUCCGUAAACAUUUCGGUCAGUACACUGGUGGCGUUAAGUAUCGUCGCAACAGUGAGUACAAAUGUCACUCGUCAAUCGAUUGAUUGCCCAGACUUUUCAUGUCAAUUAAGCGUAGAUGCUUCAGCGUUGUGCAACACUUUGUAUCGUCAAAAAGAUUUUUUUAACAGGAACUGCGCAUUGGCUUCCUGUGCUUUUACAGCCAAAUCAGAUACGAGCGGCGCAUUUGGAUGUACCAUGACUGAAAUCUGGUUGAGGUUGCCGAAUUGAUAAAAAAACAAUUAUGAAAGUUUAUGAACGUGGGAUUUCCAAGUUACAGCCGACUGGCUUUAGUCAAAAAUGACGUGAUGCUACCUUGCAAACAAAUUCACUAUUCAUUAUAAGCACGCUUGAUGCAAUAGAGCUACAUAUGCAUUAGCUACGGACCGAUCAGGUACUAUGAGACGAGCACUAGGUUGGUAUAGGGCGGAUGGCAGUACCGUGAUCGAAACCAUGGAAGAUUUUGUCGCUGAUGCUGAGAUGCAGUCACUUGGACGGUAUUGUUCAUUCAAAAAAGAUACAAUGGAGCCAUUCAAAAAGCAGGUAUUACUCUUUUCUCAACAAGACUGUUCAUUCUCUUGACUAUGGUAACCACAACACGAUCAUUUUCAGCGAAACGGAACUCAUUUUAACGGUCGGAUGUGCUUUCAUCUGAAAUAACCACGCUCAUUUCGGUUAUAAUCGCUGUGAUGGCGGCCUUGAUUGUGUCAUUGAUGCUGGCUUGCUAUCGUAGCACCUAUGGGCAUCGCUUUAUCGAUUCAUCGCUUUAUCGAUUCAUUGCUCUUGAAAUUGUUUGUCACCUUCAUUUGAACAUGGAGACAGCAACCAACCAUGCGGUAGUAUUUAUUACUAAAUUUACGUGAAGCUACUGCAGUUUUAACACUGAUAUGGAGACUGAAUCUUAAGAUCCAUGCAGUCCAACUUAUUAGUCAGGAUGCUGCUAGUAGCGAUUCUUUGGCAAAUUCAUUCCAACAAGUCAUAAGCAAAUUUCUUAACUAGGAAUACAAAAAGAUAACAAGUCGCGAUCAAAACACCUUCAUUCAGACUGAUGAAGGAUAUAAGGCUUCAAACGAAGCUCUUAACGACUAAGACAUGAAGAAAUAUAUUGAAGAGAUAGAUUAUACAAGGAGAUGAAUUUGAAAGUAGCUGUUGAGAACACAAUAACGUGUACCAGUAUUGAUGAAGAGUCUCGCAACAAAAACGAUGAGCGUGAUCAAUAACCGUCAAUCUAAGCAAAAUUUCUUAAUUGCCGGUAUCUGUGGUUGACAUAACUCUCUGGUCCAGGAUUUAAUAAAAUACAUCCAAGAUCGAAAGUAAUGACUCCUCAAGAGGUGGAGACGUGAGAUCUUGCUAAGAAAAUGAUUCUCGUACAGCUGCCAAAUGUUUUCAUCUGUAAUUUUUGUAGCAUUCUCCGACUA